AUGCUCACUCCCACAUUCCAUUAUAACAUUCUUCAAGAAUACCAUGAAAUAUUCGCACAGCAAGGCGAGAUCCUUGUUGAGCUCAUUGCUAAGGAAAAAGAAGAUUUCGACUUGUUCCCUUACGUAAAACGAUGCGCGCUUGAUAUCAUAUGUGGUAAGUCACGACUGGUUCUCAUGAGUUAAUU